GGAUCCAGCAGUGGACAGGCUGACCUGUGAGCCAGGGCCUUGCAACAACUUAAUUUGAGCGUUUGAAUGAUCUGCAAUGGUGCAGCUGUCUCCUUCAAGUCCUAGCACACACGGAGAAUCACAUUUGGUGAACAAUGAAGACUACAAAUAUCUGGAUAGCAAGGGGAGCCUUAAACUACUGCAGACCUCUAUCUCCCCAACUGCUUCCCCUCUCCAGGUCUUUGAAACCUAUUUGGAUAAUGGAUUGGUUAGUUUGAAGCACAAAAUCAGGAACAUCGAAAAAAGGAAGGUAAAAUUGGAAGACUAUAAAGAGCGCCGAAAUAAUGGGGAGGUACUCAAUCAAGACCAACUGGAGGCCGUUGCGAAGUAUGAAGAGGUGAUUCACAAUCUGGAGUUUGCCAAAGAUCUUCAAAAAACCUUUUCAGUUCUGAACCAAGAUUUACUGAAGGCUCAGAAAAAAGCCUUGCGGCGAGAGAAUCUAUUGAAAGUGGAAAUGGAGAAGAAGAGACUGCGUACUAUACUUCAGAUUCAGUACAUGUUCCAGUCAUACAGCCAGGAACAUGUCCAGAAGGACUUUAAGGAUGGAUUGCAUGGUGCAUUGUGUCUCUCCUCUAAAGAACUGGACUACCUGUCAAAGUUCUCCAGACUUGUUUGUUCCACAAGGCAUCAGCACAUGAGUCUUGAAGACCAGAUGGAUCAGUUGUCAGCCUACUUCUGGAACCUCCUGGAUGGCAGUGAGAAAACAGUAGCUGGGACAAACUAUAAAUACUUAAAAGACUUGUUGUCCCGUUUGCUGGACUGUGGGUACUUUGAAAGUGUACCUGAUCCUCCCUGUGAGCAGAAGAUACCAGAACCUUCUCUGCAUGCACUGACCAAAAAUCACACAAGUGAGGUCAAGCAUGAUCACAGCCGUGGUGUGAACACCAAACCAUCUUGUGACACCAAACCUCUUGUGGACUAUGUAAGGUGUGAGCUUCCUGUAAGCAACACAACACCAGUGCUUCUAGUUAAGGAAGCACCGGAGCCAAAGCCAGUACAAAACGCUCACACAAAGCUGCAAGGACUAAGGCCAUGGGGCACAUCUGCUGACCUAAAGCUGCAAGAACCAAAGAGAUGGCCUUCUCCUCAGCCUCUAACACCUCUCCGAAAGUCAUGGGAAGCUGCAAGUCUUGUGCAAAACUGCCCUCCUGUUAAGAAAUGUGAGACUGAGCCAAAAGAGAAACGUGAACGUGUGCGCAAGGUCCCUCCAGAGAUAAAGAUAACUGCAAGCAGUAAACCGGAGUUGCCAGUGCCUCUUGUUAUAAAUGGGCAGAGUCCUUUGAAGAGAAGGGAGCUACCAUCUGCUUUCCAGGAGAAUUGCAACCUGCCUGCAUCAUUGAGCACCACACAGUGUCACGGGGUUACACCUCAGUCACCUACAGAGUUCUGCUCAUCUCCAAAUCUUCCAAAAGAUCCAGAACUGAGAAAAAAGAAGCUGGAGGAUCUGAUUGAUCAGAUAAAGGGAACUUACAACUUUAUGCAGGAUUCUGUGUUGGAAUUUGAAUACCCUUCUCGAAGAGCUUCACCUUUGCCUCUUCAAAGCACUCCAAAAGUUGCACAUGAUCUCCAUCAAACGAGCAGAGCAGACCUACCUUCUCCCAAGAAGGUCUCUCCUGCUCAAACUCCUCCUGCUCCAAUACAACUUGAAACAAGUGAGCCACUUAAACAAACCUUCUCAGAACCAGAAACCACUGAAACUACAGAACCAACUCUUCAAUCACCAAAUCGUCCUGUUACACCUGUUCCAGAAGAUGACUUUGUCCCAGAGGAGAAUCUUGUGCUAAACUCUAACCCUGAGGUACCAGAGAGAAGUCAGACCCCUCUGCCAAGUGACCAGAUAGCGUCACCCAAAACUCCUGAUAACACUACAGUCUUACCACUACAGCAGGACAGAGUAUCCAUUUCACCCAGGAGUACACCUGUGCGUUUGAAUGCCUUACACUCCCCUUUUCCAGGAAUGCAGGCAGUGUUUAAAGUUCAUGCACCUAUUCCUCCAUGCAAAGAACUAGAGGUGACUGCAGAACCAUAUUCCCCAGAAUUUCAUCAGACAUUCUCGACUGUAAGCACCCAAACGCUGCCCCAAUGCCCCUUGGACAAUGCUGGAGAACAAAACAUAUUCAUUCAAGAACCUUUAUGUGGAAGCCCAUACACUACAUCAGGAAUUCACCAAAUGAAUAGUGUGUCCUGUUACACCACUGCUGCAAACUUAUUACCUCGAAUGACCCAGCCUUUUGUGAAUAGCCGUGGAUCUGCUAGAGGCACAAGCAGAGGGCGCAUCAUGACAAAUGGCCUUCGCUGCCCAACUCCAUAUAAAGGUCCUGAGGGUUACAGAGGAGCGCAUUCUGUCAACAAUGGAAAUUAUGGCCAUGCACCGUGUGCAGGAAGAGAUUAUAAUUCAGCACAGUUUGUACCUCGGGAUGGUAAUGGCCAUCUGGGAAAUAAAAGAGGUACAAUUACUACUGGUGUCCGCUCAAAUUCUAGAGGUUGGAGUGAAUCAUCUCAAACCAGUAGUCCUGAAAGGAAUGAUGUCUUCAGUACAGAUUCAGGACAUGGAGAUUCACGUAGCCUUUCUACUUCUGAUAUGUCCAUGUGCAGCCAGGCGACAACACUCCUGCCAGUUCAUGUCUAUCCACUUCCUCAGCAAAUGAGAGUGGCUUUCUCUGCUGCUCGAACAUCCAACUUUGCUCCUGGAACGCUAGAUCAGCCAAUAGUUUUUGAUCUCCUAUUGAAUAACUUGGGAGACACCUUUGACUUCCAGCUUGGACGUUUUCAGUGCCCUGUAAAUGGUACUUAUGUGUUCAUAUUCCAUAUGUUGAAGCUAGCUGUAAAUGUUCCUUUGUAUGUCAAUCUCAUGAAAAAUGAAGAGGUGCUUGUGUCUGCCUAUGCCAAUGAUGGGGCUCCUGAUCAUGAGACCGCAAGUAAUCAUGCAGUUAUGCAGCUUUUUCAGGGCGAUCAGAUCUGGCUUCGUCUGCACAGGGGUGCAAUCUAUGGUAGCAGUUGGAAAUACUCUACCUUUUCUGGUUAUCUGCUCUAUCAGGACUAAUGUUUAGCAUUGUUGGUUGGGAUAAACUUGUUAAGAUGGCUUAUCUGCUGCAUUGUUAAACUGCUCAUGUCUUAUUGCAAACUGUUCACACACUUCAAAAGUAAUUUGUAUCCAUAUUGUAAUACUGAAGUAUGAUAACUUGCCUAAAGUUGAGUGAACUGGUUUAAAUAAAAAAAAAUAAUG